AUGAGAGAAACACCGCAGCAGCUGCAGCAGCUGCAGCUGCAGCAGCAGCAGCACCAGCAGCAGCAGCCUGUUGCUGCUGCUGCUGCUGCUGCUCCAGUCUCAGACUCUGUGGGCGUGCUGCAUCGUGGGGGCUCUCCCGCAUCCUCUCCAGCAGCAGCAGCAGCAGUAGCAGACGCAGCAGCAGCAGCAGCAGCAGCAGACGCAGCAGCAGCAGCAGCAGCAGCAGCAGCAGGAUCACCACGUAGAAAAUGGAGAAGCAGCAGCAAAAGACACAGCCGCCUCAGCAGCAACAAAACGAUGACAGCAGCAAAAAGAGAAGAACUCAUCUCUGCUGUUGCCGUACCCAGAGGGUAA